CCGGAUUUGGGUGUUUAAUUUGGUGAGAUUAAUAGUAAUUAAUUAGUUGAAAAAGAAAAUAAAGAAGAAAACACCGAGUGAUAUAUAUCCUGUGGAGAGAAACAGACGAAAAUCUCGGUGCUGGCAAAGAUUCCUUCACAGUCCUUUUGCUGUUUGUUUUCUUCAUUCUUCUUCUUCGUCUUCCUCAACUAAAUCAUUCAUUUUGAUCUCUCUUUCUUUAAUUCCUAGAUUUGAAAUAAUACUCUCUCGAGAAAACAACUACUUCACUGUUUCUUUCUUUCUUUCUCUCUAUCACUAUCAACACACACCUUCUCUUCUUCUUCCUCUUCCUCUCACCUACCUUUCAACUCUCUCUAUCUCUCUCUCAAACCUUUGUCUUUCUUUUUAAUAUAUUUAUUUAUUUUUGUUAUGGGUUGUACAAGUUCUAAGCUGGACGAUCUUCCGGCGGUUGCUCUCUGCCGUGAACGCUGCAAUUUCCUAGAAGCGGCGAUUCAGCAACGUUACGAUUUAGCCGAAUCACACGUGGCGUACACACACUCGCUUAAAGGAAUAGGUCACUCACUCCACCUCUUCAUCAACCACCACCACCGUUGCGUCGGAGAUUCUCCCAGACUCAACCUUCCUCCUCAAAGAAAAGGCCACCCUGAAGAACAAGAAACCAAAGGAGUAGAAAAUUCCCCUAAGAAACCAAAGCUACCUUCUCCUCACCAUCCGGGUUCGGGUACUGAUUCGGGUCAUCUCGAGUUCGAUUCGGACUCCGAAGACGACGAUGAUGAAGAAGACCAUUUGGAUUUAGACCACCACCACCAUCUCGGAAAUUUUGAAACCGGACCUUAUAUGGGAUCCCAACCGGGUUAUACCCGGUACCCGAACCCGGAAAUGAUGGGUACUCCUUAUAUGCACAUGAACUACAUGAAGAACAGUUCGAUGCCUCCUUCACUCAUCUACGAGCAAAGACCAAGUUGCCCUCAAAAAGUCUACAUAGGCGAAUCCGGACCCGGACCCGGAUACUACGGUUCUUCAACUGAUGAUCCGCCUCCUCCGUCCCCGCCUAGAUCCAACGGGUGGGAUUUUCUAAACCCGUUCGAUACUUACUAUCCUUCGUAUACUCCGAGUCGAGACUCGAGGGAGCUUAGAGAGGAAGAAGGUAUACCCGAGCUGGAGGAAGACGACGAUUCACAGUACGAGGUUGUUAAGGAAGUUCACGGUCGUGAUAAUCAGCCGACUCCUGCUGUUGUUUACAGGGAAGAGUCUGAUUCUCCGUCUCCGUCUCCGCGGCUGUCUGUUGAUAAAUCUGGAGCUAGUACUAGUGGUGGAGAUGCGGCUAUGUAUCAGACUAGGCCGAGCGUGUCGGUGGAGAAGAACGGGGUUGAGUACGAAGUUCACGUCGUUGAGAAGACGGUUGUUGAAGAUGGCGGAAACGAGAGCAAUGCCACGGCGACACGUGGAGGAGGAGGAGGUGGGCCACGUGCGGUCCCUGAGGUUGCUAAAGAGAUUGAGAAUCAGUUCGUGAGAGCUGCGGAGUCUGGAAGUGAGAUCGCUAAGUUACUUGAAGUUGGGAAGCGUCCUUAUGGUCGGAAACACGCAGCUUCAAAAUUGUUGCACGGGGUUACUCCUUCUGUUGCUGAGCCGCCAACGUAUGCAGACAUUGAAGAAGAGCUUGCUUCAAGGUCAAGGAACCUUUCUUCCACAUUGCACAAACUCCAUCUCUGGGAGAAGAAGCUUUACCGAGAAGUGAAGGCUGAGGAAAAAUUGCGUGUAGCUCACGAGAAGAAGGUGAGGAAGCUAAAGCGUUUAGAUGAAAGAGGUGCUGAAGCAACUAAAGUGGAUACAACAAGGAAGCUAGUAAGAGACAUGAACACAAAGAUACGGAUUGCGAUUCAGGUUGUGGAUAAAAUCUCCGUGACGAUUAAUAAGAUUAGAGAUGAAGAUCUAUGGCCGCAACUGAACGCAUUGAUCCAAGGGCUUACACGGAUGUGGAAAGAGAUGCUAGAGUGUCAUCAGAGUCAGUGCCAGGCUAUAAAGGAAGCUAGAGGGCUAGGGUCUAUAAGAGCUAGCAAGAAGCUAGGCGAUGAGCAUCUUGAAGCAACUAGUUUGCUUGGUCAUGAGCUUAUAAACUGGAUAUUAGGAUUCUCUAGCUGGGUUAGUGCGCAGAAAUGUUAUGUAAGGGAGUUGAAUAAAUGGCUCAUGAAGUGUCUUCUCUAUGAACCUGAGGAAACAGCCGAUGGUAUCGCUCCUUUUUCGCCUGGUCGGCUUGGUGCUCCACCGAUCUUUGUGAUCUGUAACCAAUGGUCUCAAGCUUUGGACAGGAUCUCCGAGAAGGAAGUGAUUGAGGCAAUGCGUAGCUUCACCACGAGUGUGCUUCAGCUUUGGGAACAAGAUCGGUUAGAAACGACGGUGAUGGGGCAGGAGAAAGUUAGGAGCAUGGACCGGGAAGAGCAGAGGAUACACAGGGAGAUUCAAGCGCUGGAAAAGAAAAUGGUUCUGGUUGCACCUGGUGAUGGUCUUUUGGUAUCUGGGAACGUUGUUUACCAGAGUGAUACUAGUAGCGAUAGUUUACAAGGUAGUUUGCAGAGGAUUUUUGAAGCUAUGGAGAGGUUCACUGAUGAGUGUAUGAGAGCUUAUGAUGAUCUCUUGGUGCGUGCUGAAGAAGUAACUGCUCCGAGAGAAAGUGAGGAAUGAUAAACAAAACUAGAGGAAGAUCUUUGCUUGAUCUUGCAAUGGUGGAACCAACCAGAAUCAUCUGCGUCUCAUUCUGAGCCUCAUGCAUGAAGAGCCCCACAAGUGGAUGAUGAUCUAAGAGGAGGCAUAAUCCUUGUAAAAAGACGGCCAGUUCUAUGGUUAAGAGAUACGGUUUAGUGCAAAUUGACUUUGAACCGGAUGGUUAACAUAAACCAUAUAUGAGGCAGGUAGCAUAUAUUAGUUAAGUUCUAAUAAUUUUUAUAUUCAGGCAAUGUACAUUAGGCGUUUAGGACUAAACUUUUGACGAUUCUCAGCAAUUAUUUUUGUAGAAUCCGAGGGUAGCUCAGGGAAGUCUCUCUUUCUUUUGAAGUACUAAAGAUGUGACCUUUUGGUUGCAGAAACUAGAUUACCCUAAGCAGCAUUGAGCUUCUCACUAAUCCAGGUUAUUAGUACUAGUAUUUAACAUGUGACCUUUUGUUUUGUCGCAUUAUUCUCCCUGUAUAUGUAUUUUGCUCACAUGAUAAAUUUUGUAUAAAAAAAAGAAGAAAGUUAUCAUGAAGUGGGAAAAAUGGGUGAAUGAUUUACGUUUUCUCGUUGUAAGAAAUUUUUUGUUUGAUAAUAUGCAAAUUAUGCAUGCCUGUAAAAGUUACUAGGCAUAAGAAUAAAGACAUAAUCAUUUUAUGAGAA